AUGAAAUUCUCAUAUCACAGAAAUUCUCAUAUCACAGAAACUCAAAGAGAGGCUGUUGCAGUUCCUGCUCACAUUGUGAGUUAUUAUCAAGAAGGCGAUGAUCCUAUCAAUUACCUUGCUGCUACUGCAUUCCUAGAGUUAGAACAUGCAUCCUUCUCACCAGAUAUCUUCAGAGAGAGAGCCAUACUCACACCGUUAAAUGAUGUAGUUGACUCCAUCAACACAUUUAGUAUUAAUAAAUUUCCAAGGAACUCUGUUGUUUACAAGAGUUUUGACAGCAUGCUAGAUGAUAACUGUGUAAUUUACCCAACAGAGUUCCUAAACCAGCUUGCACCUGGUGCUAUGACUCCACAUGAACUUGUUCUAAAAAUAAACAGCCCUGUAAUAUUGCUCGGGAACAUUGAUCCAGCAGAUGGCCUGUGCAAUGGGACACGUUUUAUAUGCAAGUCUUUCAGAAGGAAUGUGAUUGUUUGUUCUAUAGCCACUAGUCAUUGCCAAGGAGAACUUGUAUUAGUUCAUCGUGUUAAUCUCCGGCCUCCAUCAUCAACAAAAUAUCCUAUUCAGUUUGAACGGAUAUAG